UGAGAUUUGUAGAAUCAGCUAACGACGAACAAAUUAUAACAACAGAUGAGCGAACAUGCGUGAGGAAAGCAUUUAGUGGAAAUGGUUUCAGAUUGAGAGGAGAUUUUUAUUAUGAAAUGUUUGUAAGUACAAAAGCUUAAUAUUUCAUUGUUUCAGGAAACUAUACUUUGAAACGGUCAAAUUGAAUUUUCAGUAGCAAUGUGUAGCUAACUUGAGAUUGUUAAAUUCUAAUUUACCCAUUUUGGCUUUGCAUGAUGUGCAUGGUGUCGCACUUGGAAUUAUCUUAAAAUCUUAACUGUAAAAACUUCUCAACUUUGUUCUUCAGGAAGCACAGUAAAUGUCUUCUAUAAAGUUUCCUGCUGCUCCCGGCUCCCCAUGAUGCGCAUGAUUGGAAAAAAACAUACAGAAAUUAUCAAACGUUAGAUAGCAUAUAUGUGAUUGGCAAUGCAUGGACUGCAAUGAUUUUACUUCCAUUGACUAAAAAUAAUUUAGAAAGCCUUGUAACGCGAACAUGCGAAUCGACUAUACAUUUGGAUAAACUUAAUAUAAAAUAUAAUUGUUUAUGAAUGUACUUGCCUUAUGUAAAACCCUAUAAAAAGAGCGAAGCCAAGUUAGAGGAACGCCAAGACGGCGAAAAUUUGGCAAACACUCCCCAAUUAGCCCACAUAGGCGAAAUCACUCGCCUUCUAUCUCCUGUACAAGUUUAUUUUAAACGAUUUUAAAUUCUAACAUCUUCUUUUUAAUCGUUAAUUUGAUACAUCUUAAAUCCGCGAUUGCGUCGAUUAACUGGUCUGUGUAUUAAAAUGGUCGGGCGCCAUGUUUUUAUUACCGCAUUUUUGUUGGCUUUUUAUUUCAAAGAGCUAAUUUAACUAUAAGUCUAAGAUCCCGUAUAGGUCAAGUUAUUUGCAGUAACGUAACUGCAAUACUUGGUCAUACUGGCAUGUGCUGAUAAAAUAAAUAAUAAACGUAGGCGUACGGGGCUGAAUGCUUUCCGGGGGAGGCAGUUGAAACUUUGCCGGAAUCUUUGUAGAGGGUUGUAAUGAAAUUACCUUAAUUUAACAUAUUUUCUGGUAAAUCUACCCGACUUCUCUUGAUUUUCCCUGGAAUUUGCCCGAAUUUCCAUGGGUUUCUAAUGCAAGCUGGGAAGGGGGGGGGAGCUUCCCCUCCCCUCUGCCCCCUAUAACUGUCUCGUACGCCUGUGAUAAUAAAAAGUGACAUAAAUAUUUCAUUAAGAAAUCAAAAUGCAAUUAUAUGCAUGGCUCCCACUUGUUUGCUUCCCACGCUCGUUAGCCAUUGAUCGAGAGGAAUAAUUUAAACUGAUGUUUACAAUAAUUACGUCUGGUUGUCGUGACAGUAUUGUGCUAGAUGCAUGCAAAUAACGUCAGACAGUCAUGCAAUGGUACUGUAUAUGCGUCAAUGCAAAAAUGCAAUGUUUGGCAAAUAUCCAUCUUAGUGAAAUACUUCUAAAAAGGUGAACCAGCUAGAAAAGCGCUGUGCAGUGCUGGCAUGGCAAUAUUUCUGGAACCAAACCAUGCUCAACUGCUAUCAUGUUUACUAUAUAAUUAUCAACGUUUUCUGAAUGCUUUAAACUCAUAGGCAGAUUAUCUAUAUUGAGACCAUCUACGCAAAUUCGCCUAAAUAGAUCAACUAUAUAUUAUACAUGAUCGGUAUAAGGCCGCACCGGAUUGCAUUAGUGCAACACACUGUUUAAUUUGCGCGGGUUUUGCGUAAAAGUUUAGCAAAAAGAGAGAAGAAGGAAUUAAAGACAAGAUCCACAUUAUUGGUAUUUAUAUGAUUCUCUCCUUGAAGUAUAUUUUGAACUUAUUAGUUAAAAUAUGCACAUUUUGAGAAAUAUUCUGUCAUCUAUUUUUCUGUUGGCGGUCAUUUAUUUCAGAUUUGAAGUUUGUAUAUCUGCUCUCGGUAUAACAAAUAAAAUCCAUUAGCUAACGUUUUUAACUGAAAAGACGUCUAAAAAUGACGUGUCUGAAAUAACUUAACUUAAUUACUAGGUAACAAAACUGCUGACUGCUUAUAGAAUAUUGUCACUGUUUUGGGCUUGUUUUAGCAACUAACCAAAGAGCGUGACAAUUAAUAGACUGAUUAGAAAAAUGCUUGUAAUUUUCAUCACUGCAUGCCGCCUUAUCGAAUACUUCAUACAAGACUAACAGUUUUACAAAGUAUAAAUAUAAUAUCAUGUAUUCCGACUUUGACUCUUUGAAAAAUUAAAUGUUAAAAAUAUACCCAAGGUUACGCUAGAAUUAGGAAACAAGUCUUACUAGCAUUUUUUGUACAUUCUAAAAGGCUAUAUUAUUUAACUUGCAACUUUUACACUUUGCCUUAAUAACAGUCUUUGUUGAAAAUUAUUUAUUAACCUGGUAAUACAAAAAUAGUUGUUGUAGCUAUGUUGUAGCCGAAUCGAUCAAUGGAUUCAUCCAUGCAUGCAGCAUCCAUGCAUGCAUGCAGCCAUGUUUUGCGGAUCAACUUAUAAUUCUUAAAUCUUAAUCAAUUUUAGUGUAAAACUAAAAGGCAAUAGCAGAUCUAGAUUUAAUUAUUUACCAUCUUUGAAUGGAUAUCGAACUAGGUAAAACCAAAAGUAAAAAUAAAUAGAAAGUAUAAGAAUCUAAUUAAUUCAUCUCGUUAAUUGUAUAGUGGACUAUCAAUUCAUUCGUUGUUUACGCAGCCAUUAUUAAAUCUUCUUCUAUUCAUGCACGUUUGAUCAUGAAAUGCUGAUUUCCACAUAAUUAAGAAUUUAGUUGAAUUUGAAUAAUGCUCAAAAACCAUUUUAAAACAACAUGUAAUAUUUCAUAUAAAAAAGAGUAUCACAACUUUGUAUUUUUUCUGUUUGCAUUAAGAGAUAUAUGUAAAACAUAUAUAGUAAUUGUUUUACUAUAACUAUAAAGUAAAGUGGCAACUCCCAGUUUGAUGUUCACACAAUCUUCAGGUGUAAAGUUUAGCUAACUCAAUCCAUGAAGUCUAGAAAAAUUGUUUAAUCUAUGACUAUGCAUGGGUACAUUGUUUGAAUAAGGCUGAAAUUAAAAUCAUGUAUGCUUGCAACGUUCUCUGGUUAUACAAAACGUUCUGGACUACAACCAUUAUUUGAGCUCAGUCGGUCAAACGAGAAUGAGGGUUGACGAGAGUUGUCACAGGGACAUUUCAAACUCUAGAUUAAAAAAGUAAAGGUUUGAACAGUGUUCCAUGCAACUACGUUUUAACUUAAUUAAAUAAGAUACACGAUGUGUUGGGAGAGCAAUAUACGUAUAAGAACAGCUAACCAAGGUGACGUGACUGCCAACUUUACCAUCGAUUCAAAUAGUACCUUCAAACCACUGAGAUGGGCUAGCUCAUCUUAUAUCUGAGCAUAUUAUACAAUUACUUUAUGGUUUCCGUGUUUGGAUGGCCUGAUCCAAACACGCGGGAAUGUUGCGAGGGUUAAGAAAAGCGAGCGAAAUCACGAGCCGAAGGCGAGUGAUUUUGCCCGCUUUUCUUAACUCGAGCAACAUUCCCAAGUGUUUGGAUCAUUCCAUCCAAACACGGAAACCAUAAAGUAAUUGUUUUAUAAAAUAACAACAACACGAUAGUCUUCCGUGUUUGGAUGGCCUGAUCCAAACACGGCUUUCGACCAAUCAGAAUACGCGUUAUGUACAUGUUAUUUUAUAAACGUAGAUCGUACAUGCUGGCGUGUCCUGAAUAUUAAUGAGGCAAACUAUACGUACUCAGUAUCAGUAGUGUUGACAAAUAUUUAUUGGUAUAAUUAUGAUGUUCAAAUGUCAAGCAUAGUUAUGAACACUUUGAACUUACAAUUUGAACCUUUAUUCUGUUACAAAUAAGUCAAAGCCAAGCGAAACCGAAAAAGCGCGCGAAAAUUAUAUGUGAAUUAAUGUUCGACUGCAUGCAUGCAUAAUAUGCUUGAUAUUUAUUUGGUCGCGCAUGAAAAAUAUAUCCAACCAAAUCGACGGCAAUUGACAACAGAGCAGCAUGAAGAGAACCUUUUCUAUUAAUGCCAAAUCCAGAACAAAAAUGAAGCAAACAACUGUAGUUUUAUCAUUCUGGACUAUUUUUAACAUUUUUGAAUAUUAACAUAUUUUUUAACAUAUUAUAUUCACUUGUUUUUAAAUUAAUGUCGCGCCCAAAUCUCACCAUGCAAAUUGUCUUCUGUUGCUAUGUAAAAUACUUAUUCAUUUUCAUUUGUAGAUUUGUCCGAAUGGAAUGAUAAGGUUUAACAACAAUUUUUAUCAAAACUGGCCGUUCAAUUUUGGAACCCUUCAGAUGCAAUCGGAGGAUAUCUCUUUCGCUCCAUUUUGGGCCCGUGUAGAUUUAACUGCGUUUGGUACGUCUGCAGGUGAUUCCAAGGUCCGCUUUGCCUCCUACCACAAGGACACAAACCCAAGACAGGUAGUAUUCGAUAAAGUGAACGAUGAUGUCAGAGGAUUCACAGGAAGAAAUGAUUUUCAGGCAACUUGGGUGUCAGUUAUCACCUUUGAAAACAUUAUGCCUCACGAUCGAGUACAGCGUGGCUAUGAAGGG